CUCUGAUGCUAACAAACAUUUUCAACAUUUUCAACAAUAACAAAACUCGAGUUUUUUCAACUCUGUUCAAGUAUAUUGCAUGAAUGCAUUUAACAAGAUUACAAGAUUAUUUGAAGUCUUCAAUUCGAAUAACAAUAACAAUGCUCUCUCGCUUAUUUUCAGGAGGGGGUCCUAAACCACCAGUAAACUCGACAUACGAGCUUGUCCUCGAUGCCCUGCUACCGGUGGGCAAAGAUGGCAUCGUGGAAAAAUACGAAGGCGAAACAAUGCCAGACUUGGAAUUUCUGCUAGGCAGUGUUGAAAAAGCUAUCACAUGCAGUGACACCAUCGACACUGAUGUAGAUAUGGAGGAGGUGGAGGAGGUGGAGCCCGUACAGGUAGAGCCAGAGGAGGUUGAGAAGGAAAUAGAGAGAGAAAAGGGCGAGUGCAGCACUGCAAGUUCAAGACCACCAGUACAAAAGAAGAAGAUAGCAAGAGAUCAGAGCAUACUCCAAAUCGAGAGGGAAAGGUUGCAGAUCGACAAAGAAAAAUUGAAAAUAGCUCGGCAACAACUGGAAGCUUCACAAGCCAUGACGGAAUCCUUGAAGGAAAUUAGCCAUUCCUUUCAAAUACUAGUGGCAUUUACACUGGAGAAGCACGGUGCAGUAAUCGUAUCUGAGUCCUAAAAUUGUUUUUUUUUUUCAUCUAAUAAGGAUAAACUUGAGGUAACAACAUUCGGCAAAAUAUAUGUAAUUAGUGAUGGCUCUGAGAAGAGCAUGUUUGUACUCGAUGUUUAGUCAUGUAUAGUCUGGUUGCAAUAUCGGGUACAAAUGGGCUCAUGUCAGAGCUCCACUACUCCUACAAAUUUAUGCCGAAUGGUGCUACAAAAAGUUUGUUCUCAUUAGCUAUUUCCACUGUGCCUAAUUUUAAGUUCAACAUUUUACUUAUUUGCAAGUUGUUUAAAAGUAUUAAAUCAUUAUGAAUUUCUCUUUGUUUCUUUCUUUAAACCUUUAAACAGACAUGUAAAUACAAUGUAGAACUAUUUUAAAGCAUAUCUUUUAAAGCAUUCCUGAAGAAAAUAUCACAUCGAUUGGCAUAGAGGAAAGUUCAUAAUUGUAUUUUGUUAAAAAAA